AGAGUGAAGAAGACAGACUGACUUCAUUUUCAUAUCGAUCGAUACUAAUUGAUCCAGAAAUAGAAAAAUAUGUCUGUUCCAUACAGUGGCACAUUGAGAAGGUCUGCAGGAGUAAUUUCAGCUAUUAGUAAACAAUUAAGAAAUGUUAAUUUGAAAGCUGCAAAGAGGAUAACUGUGACGUUUGAUCCAUUUGGUGAAAACGUUACGCACACACGGAACUUUUUGCACUAUAUAAGUUCUCCAAAGAUCAGUUCUACAAACCCUAAUUGUGCUCUCAAAUCUGAAGUAGUGUGUGAUCGUAGAGAACCUACUAUUGAUAUCAUUGUUGCUCCCAAUAUAGCAGAAACAGCAAACAUAAAAAAAAUUACCUUCAAGAGUGGAAACCUCACCUGUUUAGAACUUUUACAAUUAUUAAACAAACACAUAUCAUCCCUGGCUCCAGUUGAAGAACCUGUUGCUACUAUACAAACAAAAUCAGAGAAAAAGAAGAGUAAAAAGAAAUAAACAUGACUAAGAAAGGCAACCUUCAUGUUGUAGAGGAACUGUACAACCAAAUACCAGAAUUUACUGAUGUAUUUUCUGAAGAUACAUUCUAUGUAUUUGUUGUGUGUUUUGUUCUGUCUACAGUACUAGUAGCUUUUAUUCUGUCUAGAUUUAUAACUAUAAAACCUGUAGAGUAGAUCCAUAGAUGUUGUUUGUUAAAAAUUAAAUUGAACAUAAAACA